AGCACCGUCGACUGGACAUCAUUGUUGUGCCUUACCGUGAGUACGGCUGUGCACUGGUUUACUUCACCGGAUCAGCACACUUUAACAGGUCACUUCGACAUAUGUGUAAAACCCAGAGAAUGUCCCUAAACGAGCAUGCCUUGAAAACUGGAGUUGUCAGAAAGGUUGGUUGAAGAAUAUUUCUAUCAAGAGCAAAUAAUUGUUGUCAAAGACUUUUAGCAACAAAAAAAAAACAACCACAAAACCAUUGUGGCCUUGUUCCUUGCCUAAUUUUCUGUUCCAAACUUAAUUUAAGGAAUUUUAUUCACACAUAACUAAACAACACCCAAAAAACAAAAAGUUGUCCUCUAACUGUGUGCUUAAAAAGUAGGCUAAUGAGUGAACCAUGGGUGGACAUCAUAUAGCUUCAGCUAACAUCCCUCCUUCUCUUGAAUGAACUUUCCAUGGCCAACUUUCUUUCCUUUCUUUGCACUUUUAAUUUGCUACUCACCAAUCAACACCACCUAAACUAACUUUCAUUUCUAAUACACCUUUGCCAAAAUUAAUUUAGGGAAAUAUAUUUACACAUAACUAAACAACCCAAAAAGCAGGUUUGGGAGGGGGGGGGGGGUAAGAGGAAAAAAAUUAGAAAAAAAAAAACUUUCAUUUCUAAUACACCUUUGCCAAAAUUAAUUUAGGGAAAUAUAUUUACACAUAACUAAACAACCCAAAAAGCAGGUUUGGGAGGGGGGGGGGGGGUAAGCGGCAGAAAAUUUGACAAAAAAUGCAUUCUAGUAAUGACACACUCUAAAAGAAAACCAAUAAGUGUGGCCCCCCCCCCCCCCCCUUUCAAGGCUCACAACUGCACAUUUUUCUCACACCCCUGAACUAUAUUAAUAUCAUAAUGACACACCCGUUUUUACAGCAGAUUUAUUUCACCAACUAUGUCAGAAAAAACGAAAUAUCACACACCAAAUGCACUUAUGAUUUUUUAAAAAUAGAAACUCAUUUAGCGCAGUUAUUGGGGAUUUUAUUUUAUCUUCCCCUUGAAAAACAGGAAAAACCGAUUUUUGGAGGUUGGGGCUGAAAAUUUGAUAGAAUGUGCUGUCGUUGGCAAUGAGUCUAUUGCAAAGUUUCAGCUUGAUAGCUUGUCGGGAAGUGGGCCAAUUAGCGAUCUGAAGAUUUUGCCACCCAGCCAGUCAGUCAGCCCACCACCAACAAACAAAAGUGAAGUUAAUAUAAAGGAUUUAAAAAUUGCUGGCAGUUCUUAUAAACCUAUUGGGCAUCAUGCUUGGACAAACUCAAGAGUGAGUCUGAAGACCAGCUAACAUCUCAGAGUCAUCCCCUUCAGCCAAAGUGAUCAAAAGUUUGAACAGUAUUCAGCUAUAAGGGGGUCGGACCAAGAAUGCCUCACAAUACCAAGAAAUAAAAUGGGGAGGGGCACUAUGGUGGAUGCUUUUAUUAAAAAAUAACCCCACAGAAAGUCAUUGUAAGUUGAUUCAAAUUGGAAAAACAAAAUUAUCAACUUUUUACAAUAUUUUCUAAACUCUGUUGUAGUGUUGUCUUUUCAACAAUAUCAUUUUGGUAAAAUAAAAUUUAAAAAACUCUCAGCUCAAAUUUACUGUAGUUAAAAGUCCCUGUAUUUGAGAGCCCCUGUCCCAGCAGUUUUGUUAAUGUAAACCAAAUCACUCGGUUAAAUCGAUAUACUUUGCAUGUCUUUAUGUAAAAACUUAAAGUAAAGUUAGAUUCAACAAUUUUUCAAAACUGUGCUAACUAAAACUAAAACUUUAAUAAAGUAAAACAACUAUAUUUAUUUUUACUCCAGGGCUCAGAAAAGAUCUAUGAAGGGACUGUUGUCCCGACCCCUUCAGAGGAGUCUGUGUUUGAAGCUCUCAAGAUUCCUUAUCGUCCACCUGAAGAGAGAGACCACUAGCACAGUACAUGUUGUUCUUAAGUAUGUGAGGAUAAUUGGCCUAGUUUAUUUAUUACUCUUAAAAAUGUGAUAGAUGCUUUAUUUAUACUUUCAUAAUGUAAAAAGAGCAAAUUUUUAUGAUUAAAUGUUAUGUAAUCUUUUUAAACAGAGGCCUUAAUUUAAAAUACCCCAACUCAUUAUCAUGUUGAGCCAUACAUAUAUUAACAUUAUAUUAAUAUUAUUUACACACUAUAUAUUUUUUCCCUAAAUAGUUUUUAUUAGAAGAAAUCAAACAAUUGUAAAAAUUUUAAAGUAUUUUAAUUUCUUUUUGUAUUUUACUAAUACUUUAAACAUGCUGAAUUUCAUUAUAAAAUUUUCAUCCAUGUAUGAGUGCAAUAGUUUAAAUGCAGUGUUAUAUACUAUUUAUUUAAUUAUUUAUUCAUAAUUUCCUCUUGAUGUAUUUAUCAUUUACAAUUAAUUGUACAGAUAAAAUAAAUAUACACAGAGUGUGGCCAGAAGGGUUUUGAUGUUUUGCAGUUGAGGUUAAGUUAUAAGUUAGUUUAUCUGUAUUUAAUGAGUUAGAAUGCCACACACAGAUCUGCUAACUUGACUGUCCUUUAUGGAAAAUUUAAAUUAUAUUAAAAAAAUAGCUUUCUCAAGCUUGAUAAUAAGGGGGGAGAGACUGCAAACAGGUUAGGUAGAAGGCAAUAUGUGAAACAAGGUAUGUGAAAAAUUUCCCAUUCCUUGUUUCAUAUAUUUCUCUCUCAAGCUUGACAGGGUCACAAUCCUUGUCUUUUUUGCCAUGGGCACCAUAAUGUCAUGUCACCAUAUGCCUCUUCUUAGAACAGACAUUAUUAUUAUUUUUUUUUGCUUUAAGAGGGUUCCAUUUUCUCUAUGGCAGUUCAAGAGGAAGAAGCUGAACCUAGACUCACCAUGGGGGAAACCAAUAAUUUCUUAUCUCUCAUGUUGCAGGUUUAACAAUGUAAAAUACAAAUAAAUAAUACUGUGAC